CGCGCCCUUCGUAGCCAGCGUAGCGGGUGUCGUAGCGGAGGGCGGCGCGCGUGCGUGCGUCAGUCGGCAAGAGCCGCGCGGCGCCGCUCCACGCUCGGCAUGCGCUCCAGUGCCGCCCGGCUACACCAGCUAACAUACACACACCACCGCGCGCCCCUGUGCCGUCGCCGGCAUGUUGGGCGCGCGGCUCAAGUCAUGGAUGGAGGCGCAGCUGGGGCGGGCCAAGAAGCGUAAACAGAAGCAGACGCGGCAGGCCACAGCUACCGCGACUACGGGGCCUUUACCGCCUCCUCACCUGUCGUCACCCGAGAGCGCGUACAGCACUGGCUACUCUACUGAUGGGACGUCACCAGGAGCGCCGCCCGCCCCGCUCGCCGCUCCGCUCGUGGCUCCUCCGCCGCCGCCCGCGCCUCCGACCACACAUCUUUACCAUGAACCAGCCAAGCGUCGAUCUUCAAACGUGGUGGUACGGCGAUGUGUUCCCGAACCGGCACCUGUGCCCGUGGUGGUCUGCGCCACGCCCUCCCCUCGGCCCAGGUGCCGCAUCAGGACGAACCCUUGGAUGGGUGCAACGUCGCCCAGUCGUCGGCGCCCGCAACAUAUAGUGCAUCAGCAUUCGCUGCAGUGUCCCCCGACGCAGCCACAGUUGCAUCAUGCCCCGUAUUCGCUCGAUUCUCAUGUUAAAUAUGGAUCUAGAUCACCCCACCUCUCGCCCCACCUAUCGCCGGAGCCCCACCGAUCGCCUUACUACCGCGGCGGCGCGUCCAGCGACGAGGAGUGCCGCGGUAUGCGCACCCGUGGCCGGGAGACCGCCAUCCUGUCUGACGCUGACUUCGAGUCUGAUGGUGAUACGGGGUUGGAUGGAGGCGAUGAGGAUGAUGAUGAAACUGCUUCGCCUGGUAGGAGGAGGGCUAGGAGGAGGAGGCCACCGCGACGACCACCGCGAUCUGCAGGAGCGACUCCUCCCCGCAUGCGGCGACGUAACCACGCGCCUUCAGCCCCACCGGUUCGCGAGAGAGAUCCUCUAUUGGAGGCUGAUAGAGAGGCCGAGAGGAAGUACAGGGAGCUUAUUAGGGAAGCUGAGAAGUUGCUCGUCACUGUUUCAAGGGCACCCCUGGAACCACCGCACAAUCCCAGGGUCAGGGAACUUAGGGCUACUGAGACGGAGGCGCCGCGGCGCAGCCCGGAGCGCACGCACCUGACGAACUUCAUGCGCGCCAACUCGCCCCCGCCGCCGCGCCGCCUGUCGCCGCAGCCGCGCCGCUCGCCCCUCGCCGCGCCGCCGCCUGCUCCCCGCCUGCUGCCUGACCAUAGACCCCACUCCGAACCCCCCAAGAGGAAGGCUUAUGCACGAGAUGAGGUCCUGCAGACCUUGGAAGGUCUUCGCAAGAGUUUACAACAACAGUCAGCACUGCUAGCGGUGCAGAGGACGAGACUGGACUCCCUAUAGCUGCCAAACUGUCCCCUUCCCGUCCCGCAUUCCUAGGUAUUUAGACAAGGAGCUUGUAGUUAGUGUGAUUGGAGACCAAACUAAAGAGUAAUACUUGUGAAUUU